GCGAUUUCAGUCAGUAGAGCAACGCGAGCCGCUUGAGCUAUGUCGUGAGGGUUUGACAGUUCAGCUGGGCAGUCAGUCAGUCAGUCGAACGCAGGACAGGUAUCCAUAAGCAGUCAGGUCGAAAUCAGUCGCUGUUUUUUUUUGUUCUUUCUUUCUUUCUGUUGUUGUGUGUUUGUCGAUGACAAGUGGCUGGUCGUUCAGUUUGGUGUUUUUGAAGUGACAAAUUUCCGAAAGUGACGAUUACUGAACAUGUCGGUUCUACCGGGCAAUGUGAUCGAAGCCAUUAAGGAGCAUGUGGCUGCUCUGGGGAUGAAAGAUCCUAAGUUUGAUAUCUCAAGCGGAUCCCGAAACGGAGACAGCUACUCGGGAGAUGUGUAUCGUAUUGUAGUUUCGCCGGACGAAAAGGAAGUCGAGGAUUGUCGCAACAAUAACGUUGACGGCGCCAUCACCGAACUUCCAAAGGUUAUUAGCGUUAUUGCCAAGGUAGCGCCAACGAGCCAGCUUCGGAGGAGUUUGUACAACAGUUCGGCUCACUUCCAGCGGGAAAAGUACAUCUUCGAUAUCGUGUUGCCAACUUUCGAAAAGUUUCAGGAAACCCGUGGCCUCAAACCGUCGCGGAUGUUCAACCACUACCCGACGGUGAUCGCUUCCGACUGCAGCGAAGGACGAGAGUUUAUCCUGCUCGAAGAUCUGUCCGGACAAGGUUUCCACAACUUCCAGCGGACGGAACCACUGGACUAUGACAGUGUGUCGCAAAUUCUGGUUUAUUUGGCUCAGUUUCAUGCCGUUUCGUUUGCCAUGAAGGACCAGGCACCGGAGAUAUUCGAAAAGAUAAUCGAUCAACUGAGGGAGACUAUUUUCGUGGCACCGUUGCACAGUUCGUUCGAGGGAUUCCUCAAGCGGCAGGUCGACUAUGCGAUGAAAACACUGGAACACUGUCCGGCCAAGGGCGAUGCCGAUGUGGGCCGACGGUUGUUCCAGUUCCGGGAUGAGUACGGUCCGUCGAUGGUCGAGUGUGUGGAGAAUCGAGCGGAUGUGGUCAUUUGCCACGGUGAUUGCUGGAUCAGCAAUAUUCUGUUCAGACAGCGGAACAAACAAAUCCCGAACGAGCUGAAAUUCCUGGAUUGGCAGGUAUCGCGCUGCGGCACUCCGGUGAUCGAUUUAUCCUACUUCCUGUUCUGCUGCACAGACACGGACCUACGGACCCGGUUGCCAGAGUUACUGCGGAAAUAUCACACCGCUCUGCUCGAGCGAAUCGAUGAACUGGGCAGCGAUGGCCGAAAGUUGUUCCCCUUCGAGACACUGCAGCUGCAUUUGAAAAAGUUUGCCCGGUUUGGAUUCGGAAUGGCACUGAUGACCCUACACACCACUUGCUGCGUGGAGAAGGACCUGCCGGACAUAUCGGCCGCCCUGGAGAGUUCCGAACUGGUUGAUCUGGAUAAGUACGCCAAAGAUUUGCUGUACAACCCAGCCUACAUCAAGCGGAUGACCGGCGUCUGUCGAGAUAUGGUUAGACUAGGCUACCUUUAGGCGAAACCGCGCAUACCAAAAAAACGCGACACAAAGUGUUUGAGUUUUUAUUAUUCACCAUAAGCUACUGUAGGAGGCCUUCCAAAACCAGAAUGGGGUCCAACCGUACUUAGAUUAUAUCGUUUUUUAUAAAAAAAAGCAAACCACUUGAAAGCAGUAUUUUAAACCGGCAGCUUUUUUUUAAAUCGAUUGUGUUUGAACAAAAAAAAACAAAACAUUUUACAUUUUCCUCGGAGAGCAAAGCUCUCAAUGAAGAAAGGAACUUCUGAUGCAGGGAUUACAAUUAGUGUCUAAGACAGAACCAAACGUUAGAAACGGAAAAUUACGAAUCGUAAUCGGCAUUUAUCAUCACAUUUUAGUGAUUGGAUUGUACAAUUUGGAAUAAACUAAAAACGAAAAAACAAAACAAAACAAAUUAGAAUGCGGAUAUUGAAAAACUGUACUAGCAUAGCUUACAGCACCACCACCACCAUUUACAAAGCACUUAUAUACUCAACUCCCGCAUUGGUACUACUAUAUUUUACUUUAUUUUUAUUAGAUUCUAAGCAGACACCAUGUUACAAUGACGGCGUGUAUCUCACCAGUAUUCGGUGCCUAUCGGAUGAUAGAAUUAUAUCGAGUAGUAAAACACGACUGCCGAAAUAAAGAUAGUUUUAGGCGCAAA